CCAUAAGUGACACAUAGUUUUCAGACUAUUCAAUUAGAUCGUUAAUGGAUAAGUGCUGCCAAGGACCGCUCUUGCUGUCUAACAUCGAGAGAGUUGGGAGUGGUAAUCAAAAUGACUUAGCUAUAUUUUAUCAGCUAACCAGUUAGCCUGCAUGAAAGCUAAAGACAGGGUUAGCUAUUUAGUUAGCCUGUUCUCUUGAUUGCCAUGCUGGAGCCUGACAGCUUAGUUGACCUGUCAUGUUGCCACAAGUUGGGAGAAAGUGAAUGAACAAUACGUUAAUAUCGUGACGUUAAUCAACAAUGGGACACACGAGUUUAGAAAAAAUUAUUCAGUUGCAGAAGAAAACUGCCAACAUAAGAAAUAUUUGUAUCUUAGCUCACGUAGAUCAUGGAAAAACAACUUUGGCAGAUCGCUUUGUUGCUAGCAAUGGCAUCAUAUCAAGUCGUUUGGCAGGAAAGCUUAGAUACAUGGACAGCAGAGAGGAUGAGCAGAUCAGGGGGAUAACCAUGAAGUCCAGUGCUAUUUCAUUACAUUAUGCUUGUGGUGAUAAUGAAUACCUCAUCAACUUGAUUGACUCCCCUGGGCACGUAGACUUCUCCUCGGAAGUGUCAACAGCAGUUCGACUUUGUGAUGGAGCCAUCGUAGUGGUGGAUGCAGUGGAAGGCGUGUGUCCUCAGACUCUUGCAGUUUUACGACAAGCUUGGCUGGAAAACAUCCGCCCUGUUUUAGUGAUCAAUAAAAUCGACAGACUCAUUGUGGAGUUGAAACUCACUUCGCUAGAAGCCUACAAGCAUCUCAAGAAAAUAAUGGAACAGGUCAAUGCUGUGACCGGCUCCCUCUUCACCUCCAAAGUGUUGGAGGAGCGAGCUGAGAAGGAGGCGGAUGCCCAGGCCCAGCAUCCAGAGCCCAGUGAGCACAUCAGCGGCGAGCAGGUGUAUGACUGGAGCGCGGGGCUGGAGGAGACGGACGACUCGCAUCUCUACUUUUCCCCCGACCAAGGCAACGUGGUGUUCGCCAGUGCCAUAGACGGAUGGGGCUUCCGCAUCCACCAGUUUGCCCAGAUGUACAGUCAGAAAAUGGGCAUCCGCUCCGACGUGCUGCUUAAGACACUGUGGGGAGAUUACUACCUCAACCCCAAAGCCAAGAAAAUCAUGAGGGGAGCUCAGUCCAAAGGGAAAAAGCCUCUUUUUGUACAGCUUGUCCUUGACAACAUCUGGAGUUUGUACGACGCUGUCAUCACGAGAAGAGAUAAGGAGAAGGUGGAGAAGAUGGUGGCCUCGCUGGGGGUGAAGGUGGCUGCUCGUGACCUCCGCCACUCCGACCCCAAAGUGCUCCUGAGCGCCGUCUGCAGUCAGUGGCUCCCAGUUUCUGAGGCUGUGCUCUCCAUGGUGUGUGAGAAGCUGCCCAGCCCACUGGACAUGACGGCCGAGCGCGUGGAGAAGCUGAUGAGCGUGGGUUUGCGCCGCUUCGAAUCGCUGCCCGAGCAGACCCAGGAGCUGAAGAGAGCUUUCCUGGAGUGCUCGAAUGAAGACACAGCCCCGGUUAUUGUGUUCGUAUCGAAGAUGUUCGCCGUGGAUUCAAAGACGCUGCCACAGAACAAGCAGAGGCCAUUGACACAGGAGGAGAUUGCUCAGCGCCGAGAGCUGGCCAGACAGAGACAUGCUGAGAGGCUGGCAGCCAAUCAGGGUGCAGAAAGCUCAGAGUCUGCCCACGCUGGUGCCAUUCCACAGACAGCUCCGUCUGCUGGGGAGAGCAUUACAGGUGGUGGUGACCCGUCGGCUCAGAUGGAGGCUCUGGACCUGAGGUCCAGCGGCACCAGGGAGGAGGAGGAGGAGGACAGAGAGCACUUUGUGGCCUUCGCCAGAGUCUACAGCGGCAGGGUCCGCAGAGGCCAGCGCGUCUUUGUGCUCGGCCCCAAGUACGACCCGGCGCAGGCACUGAGGACGUUGCCAGAGGGCAGCUCUGCAGCCGAUGCCCUACCCCCCGUGCCCCACCUGGUCUGCUGCAGCCUGGACGACCUGUACCUGCUGAUGGGCCGGGAGCUGGAGGAGCUGGAACAGGUACCCUCAGGCAAUGUUCUCGGUAUUGGAGGGCUGGAGGACUUUAUCCUGAAGUCUGCCACCGUCUCCACGACCGCGGCAUGUCCUCCAUUCACCCCGCUCCACUUUGAUGCCACCCCCAUCGUCCGUGUGGCCAUCGAGCCCAAGCACCCAAGUGAGAUGCAUAAGCUGGUGCGCGGGAUGAAGUUGCUGAACCAGGCCGACCCGUGUGCAGAGGUGCUGAUUCAGGAGACGGGGGAGCACGUGCUGGUGACCGCCGGGGAGGUGCAUCUGCAGCGCUGCCUGGACGACCUCAGGGAGAGGUUUGCCAAGAUUGAGAUAAGUGCUUCCAAGCCCAUCAUCCCAUUCCGUGAGACGGUGAUCCGACCACCCAAAGUGGACAUGGUGAACGAGGAGCUGGGCAAGCAGCACAAGGUGGCCGUCCACCAGGUGAAAGAGGAACAUGCCAAGUACCCAGAGGGGGUCCUGGUGGAUCCCACUGGCCUGGUCACGCUCACGACCUCCAACAAAAUGGCCACCGUCGGGGUGAGGGCCACCCCUCUUCCUGAGGAAGUCACUCAACUGCUCGAGGAGAACGGUGAGCUCAUGCGAACAAUGGAGCAGUUCAGCCUGGCCAUGAAGGAAGGCAAGGACCUGGAGAUCAACCCCAAAACCCUGGAGUCCAUCCAGGACUUCAAAGACAAGCUGGAGAGCCACUUGAAGGGACGGAAGUGGUGGGACGCCGUCAACCGCAUCUGGUCCUUCGGGCCUCGCCGCUACGGCCCCAACAUCCUGCUGAACAGUGUGGAGGGCUACCAGCGGCCCUCGGUGUGGCAGUGUCUGGAGAGGGACCGGCCCCAAGCCCCCGCCGCGCUCCGGGACUAUGACAACAGCAUUGUUAGCGGCUUCCAACUGGCCACUCUGUCGGGGCCAUUGUGCGAGGAGCCCCUGAUGGGCUUGUGCUUUGCCCUGGAGAGGUGGGAGUUGAAGGCACCCUCUCGGCUGGACUCUGUUGAUGAGAAAGAGGAGGGGGUGGAGAAGCAUGGUGCUUCCCAGCCAUCCUCCCAGCAAUCUGUUGCCGACUCAUCGCGGGAGGCCCCAGGGGAGCUGCAGGGAGCGCCCGAGCCGGACGUGUCGCCAUCAGGUGGCAGCCACAACAGAUGGCGGCCGGACGCUUCAGCGGACUGCUACGGGCCGGUGUCGGGCCAGCUCAUCGCCGCCAUGAAGGACGCCUGCCGCUUCGCCUUCCAGGCCAAGCCCCAGCGCCUCAUGGCCGCCAUGUACACCUGCGACAUCAUGGCCACCGCUGAGGUCCUGGGUCGCGUCUACGGUGUGCUGUCCAAGCGCGAGGGUCGCGUGCUCAGCGAGGAGAUGAAGGAGGGCACGGAGGUCUUCAUCAUCAACGCGGUGCUGCCCGUGGCCGAGAGCUUCGGCUUCGCCGACGAGAUCCGCAAGCGCACCAGUGGCCUGGCCAGCCCCCAGCUCAUGUUCAGCCACUGGGAGGUGAUCUCGAGCGACCCGUUCUGGGUGCCCACCACAGAGGAGGAGUACCUGCACUUCGGGGAGAAGGCUGACUCGGCCAACCAGGCGCUGAAGUACAUGAACGCCGUGCGCCGGCGCAAGGGCCUCUACGUGGAGGAGAAGACCGUGGAGCACGCCGAGAAGCAGAGGACGCUCGGCAAGAACAAAUGAGAAGCACUACUUUCACCGUCACCUCGCAUCCCUCUCUCUCUCUCUUGGUCCUUCCCUCCUUUCCUUUCCUUUCCUAACGCCCUACGCAGGCUGCUUUGUCGCCCCCUGCUCAUCAGCCUGUAGGCCCCCCCUCUCUGGAGUGGCCCCACACAUGUCUACCACUGUAAGGAGAGACUCCUCCAAGAUCAUCUCCCCCCUAAAGCAGACAGAGGGAUUGAUUUUACAAGGGGCUUUUUUUUUGUGGUGUUCCUAGCAGGUGAGAGCUAAUGGGAAAUGUUCCAGUUUCUUCCUCCACAGCAUUCAGAGGAAGUGAAGGCAGGGGGUUGGGGGUUGGUUGCCUGAGCCACGUCCCGACAUUUGCUUAUAUUAGAGAUUCUCCAUGGGCCAUGAAAAGGCCAAUCUCAGAAACCAACUGGUAAUGCCAUUCAUUUGCGAUAUUUUUGCUUGAGAGAAUCGGUUACAGCCGUGCAUAAUUUCGAGGGGUGCCGCUCCUCUUAAAGCACACUUUCGAUUCGAGUGGAAUGGCUUUGAAAUGAAUUUGCCUGCCUCCCCGUCGAAUUUCAUUACACGCACCCUAAAGACCAGAAUUUAAUUUGAAACAACACAAACAUGAUGAAAUGGGGAAAUUAGGCCUGUUUUAAUAGUUCUGGGGGGACAAAGACCACACAGGCGUUUAUCAAGUGUUCCCCACUGUGUAAGUAGGUAACAGGGACGGCCAUUUUGUGUUGCAGUAGCUGAAAUAAAUUCAAUUUGCUUUAUUUAAAAAAAAAAAAUGUCAAACUAAUUUCUAAUAAAUGAAUAUGAUUUAAA